AGCAAUUGAAAGAGUGUAUAAAAAUGGAGGGGGUUUAUCCAGGGGUUUUAGGGAACACCCAUUAGCCAGCAAGAAAUGGAGUCAAUAGCUCUGGGAUUAACAUGCACUGUUUUCCCUCUUUCUUUUCCUUCAACUUCAUCUCUGUCAGCUUUUAAUUCAAUCAAAUAUCCAUCCACCAAAGCGUUGCGAAGCAAGGGGAUUGAAGAGAAGGACCUUUAUGGACUUCCAAAGGAAUAUUAUGAUGAUGAAUGGCAAGCUCAACAAAGGGAAAAGACUAAAGAAUUGCAUAGACGACGUCAACAGGAGGAAGAGGAAGAGGAGGAAAAGAUAGACGAAUAUCGUGAAAUUGGAUUGCGCUUGAAAGAUUAUCCAGAAGAAGAGCUUAUAAAGGCCAAGAAAUUGGUUGCCAGCUUCAUUAGAUCAGCUGAAGAAGUGGAAGAGAAAAUUGAGGAAGCUGCAGAAAAAGGUGAACUCGAUGAACUUGUUCUAUUGAUCAUAUGGAAUCGACUUGAUCUUGCUCGGCGUGAUGAUGAGAAGGAUGCAGUUCGAAGUCUUGAUCUCUUGUACAGGCGAGUUGAGACAGAGAUUUUGAAGCGGGAAGCAACUCCUGCCAUGAGACUACUGAAUGAUCUUCUGAAUAUGCAUGAUGGUGGACUAGACAAUGAAGGAUGGCUCAAGGCAUGUAAAAAACGUAUGGUUGAUACAUUUCCUCGAGAGGACCCAUUUAGUAUUCUUGUACCUGCAGGUUUCGACAUUGACACGCAUCAAGGUCCUCUAAGACCAACUUUGGAAGCUGACGAUAUGCUUUUGAGGAUAGAUUUUGUCAGAGAGGUGGACGAACUGUUAAAGGAGGUGCGAUCUGAAUAUACUGAAUCAUUAGAUGCACAAGGACUUGAUCCAGAAUCAGUCGCAAGUAGAUUGAAACAACAGGAGAAGCAACGCGCAAUACACCAAGUAGAAAGUCUUUUGGAUCUGGCCAUCAACUUGGAGUGGUAGUCAAGUUGCUGCCUCUUCCCAAUUUAAAAAUACAGGCCGAGCAGAAAUCUCAUUUGAGAUGAAAAGUUCACAGAAGGUUCAUCGAUAGUAUGCCCGGUUAGGGAGGUUCCUACAAUCACUAUAGUAACGACGACUCCAUGGAUAAUUUUUCCUUCCAGACCCAUGGAAAAACUCUCUGAUUCUGCUCCCUCCCAGCAGAGAAGAGAGACUGUCUGUUUAUUAGCUGGAAG